AAACCUCAACUUUUAUCUGGGGGACAAACAAUGCAAGAAAAUGCCUGCAGCGGAGAAAGUCAACUGGAGAGUGUGUCGGAUUGCUCAACUGAGUCCCCAGACUCCUGUCCACUGUCCUGCAUGGAGCCCUUUGCGGUGCGCAGGCUUUCGUGCAGGACUGUCCAGCUUCCCCCUUUGGCCUUUAGGCAGGCUGAGCAGUAUUACUGUGAGAGGAGACCAGAGACGGAGACGGUCCAGCCUCGACCCACCAGCCUCCCCCUGAGAGUUCCUCCGCUCAUCGCCAUCACCUCUGCAGACACAAGCAGGUAACAGCUGGAGUUUCAUGAUGUUGUUUAUGCCAAAAAACAUUUUAAAUGUUUAUAUCUUGAAAAAAAAAAGUGUGCAGAAACAAUUAUGGUGAAUUUUUAGUUUUAUGGAGAAAACUUCUACUUCAUAGUAAAGCACAAUUGUUUUAUUAAAAGAUUAAACAACAGCCUAAUGUACUAGAAUCCAAUAUUGCAGAAGAUAUA